UGAAAAUGUCUCAGUAAUCCCUCGAGUUGUUUUGAUAUCUUCAGUGCAUAAGUAUAAUUAUCAACCCACCUCUCCGAUCUAUUGUCUUUGAUCGCUUAAUUAAAAAAAAACAUUUCAUAAUGUCUUACUCGACCGGAUGUUUGUUUCUUGUGGAACUGUAUCAGCUAUGCGGCAGAACUUCCGUUUGGAUUUCGACUGUUCGCAGUCCGUGAAAAAAAAUCUCUUGAGAGCUUUUAAAUUUGAUCAUAAAUGGUAGUUUAUUUCAAUAAUUCCGAUUAUUUAACUUGUAAUGUGAUCGAUACGGUUAAAAUUUCAAUGGUGAAGUGCGUCUUUGAUCUCAAGUAUGAUUGAAAUUAAUUGGAUAAUUGGUCAAAAUGUAUCGGGUAACCUGUCAAGUUACUAAUAUUUGUUUUCAUAUAUUUUCAAGGCGUAAUCUGGGAUAUAAUUGAGGGGUAGUGAGACGUGUUGAUCACGACAUAUCUCUAGAAAUGUCUGAAGAUUCCCUACGGAAAAAUUAGUAACAGAUAAAAUUAUUUGAUUUUGACCUUGUUAGUGAACUGCGGGUUGCGUGCUUAACUCAUAUACCAGUGAGAGUAAAUUGCAAUAAGUUUUCCUAUUUAACUGGCAAGGACAUUUUUCCCCGCUCUUCUGUCCGAACUUUUAUCACAAACCUGUGUUAAUAGUUUAAACAAGCAACUGGUUUUGUGCUAAUUACAAAACUAUAAUGGAGGACAGUGAUGUAAAGCAAGUCGAAUCGGAGGAAAAUGAAUCUUCAACUGAAGAAAUAGCCGAUCAAACAGACGAGGGUAAUGGUUGUGCACAUUAUAAACGAAAAUCUAAAUUUGUGACACCGUGCUGCAACAAGGUAUAUACCUGCAGAUUUUGCCACGAUGAACAAGAGGCACAUACUGUAAACAGAAAAGAAGUCACGGAAUUAAUAUGCGUCCUCUGCGAUACACGUCAACCUGUACAGGCCACCUGCCAAAAAUGCCAUUGCAGAUUUGGAAAAUACACAUGUCUGGAAUGUAAUCUAUUUGACGACGAAGACAAAAAUCAAUAUCACUGCGAUGGCUGCGGUAUUUGCAGAGUUGGGGGACGUGAGAGGUUUUUCCACUGUGCUAAAUGCAAUAUGUGCUUGCCGGUGCAACUACAAAAUGGUCAUAAGUGCGUCGAAAAUGUUUCACAUGCAAAUUGCCCAGUCUGUUUGGAUGAUAUUCAUACAAGUAGAAUUCCCUGUCACAUUCCUGAUUGCGGGCAUCUACUGCAUCGUACCUGCUUUGAAGAACUUUUACAUUCCGGACACUACGCAUGUCCCACCUGCCAGGUUUCUCUUCUUGACAUGUCUGAACUCUGGAGAUUUUUAGACAACGAAGUAUCCCUAACACCCAUGCCUCCAGAGUACAAGGAUUACAAGGCCGACAUAUUGUGUAAGGAUUGUCAUGAGGAGUCCACCGUCAAGUUUCAUGUCGUUGGCUUAAAGUGCUUAAAUUGUGGCAGCUAUAACACAUGCAGAAUCAAAGGAUCUCCCUGUCCUGUUAUUGUCUGUCACUAGAUCCUGAAUCUUUGGACGUGGCGGCUGGUGGAAGUGGUACUGGUGACGAGGAGAGCUCACAGGAUCAGAAUUCGCAAUAAUAGAAUCGAUUGCAAUUAAAAAAAAAAAAAUAUAGCUCAAGUCAUACAUAGUACGUCGAUAAGGCCUACUUUGAUCACACUUGAAAGUAUAUAUAAAUAGCUAUGCGUAAUUGUGUGUGAUUUUCUGCUAUAAGUAUCUCCGGAUAAAUAAGCGAGUAUCAAUAAUAUUUGAGCUAUGUGCAAUCUUCGGAAGUAGUCAAAUUAUAACUAUUGAAGUAACUUGUAUAUGCUAAGAGCAAGCUUUGUGCAUACAGCCCACGGAAAAUCAAUGUAAUGAUGAAAAAACUCGUAGCGGGUUGGAUUUUUUUUCAUUUUAUUUGAUUUUUUACGUUGUUUUUUUCGUCUGUCAUAAAUAUCAUUGUAGAAAACAUAUCAAGUUGACUAAAUCAAAAUACGUAUAGAUAAUAGGUGAUGAAUUUUCCGCCGAUUACACUUCAAAACGUAUAAUAUCUUAUCAUGUUUUUCUCAAUACAGCAGCGCUGCAUUACUUGUAAGUAAUCAUGGCUUUGUUCUUUAUUAGUUAUUGUGUGAUGCGUCAGAUUAACUAUGAUUGAUAAGAUGGUGAAUAUUGAAUUUGUUGAUUCAAAAAUGAAAAUAGAUGAACCGUACUAGCAGCUGCCUGACUUACACAUAUAUUGGGAUAUUUCCGUACCAAUAUAAAUGAUGUAAUAUUAUCAAAAUUGAACUUGAUAUAACUACUUAUAGUAGAUUUAAUCUAAGUAUACAUAGAAUCCUGACGAGGCAUCGAGGCUUCUGACUUAAAUUUAAUUUAUUUUAUUAACUAUUAAGUCAAUGAUGCAUAAAUUGCUAAUAACAUUGAAUUUUUCGUCAAAUAUUUGUCCAAUAACCGACAGAAUGUACAUAUUAUAGAUUAGGUCAGCUCGAGAAUACUUCUAUCCCAUUUUACUUCAAUAUAAAAAAUGGAACAAGUAGUUGUUUUAAGUAUUAUACGAUAAUUUUUUGUUCCAAGGCGUCUUGAAAUUGCCUAUAGCUGUGUCUGUGGUAAAGUUUUUUCGUAUUCAAGUACAUUUUACUGAUUGUUAACAAACGGUAAUGCAUUCCUCCCAAGGCUUGCCAGUUUCCGAUGGGAACAUUUAAAUAAUCAUGCCGAUUCUAAUUCCUGGGUAAUUAGUGAAUUUUGAUCGUAUGUAUGUUACUUUUUCUUAGCUUUUUUGUCGAUGUUGUUUUUCUUUCUCCAAACAUUCCUUUUGGAAGUGGCAUCAAAACUUUCUGAUAUUGGUAUUUUUUGGGCAGCAAUGAAUUGUUAUACAAUGGAUUUUAGUGUUUUAAAGAAUAUCUGUACGUCGUAGGUUCCACAUAACUAUUUUUAGGAAACAAAUAUCAAACGCUGACGAAUUUUGUGAAAGGCAACAACUUCUUUCUCUUGUAUCAAAGUGCAGACAUGGUGAUAUCAUAAUUUAUUAUCACUUUAAUCCUAUGACGAAUCACAAUUGAACGCGAUCGUUGAUUGAUUCACAAAAUCUUCAUGAAAAAAUCAGAAAAAUUUCGCCUGUACAUUUUUGCCGUUACAACGCAAUCGAAGAGUUGUCUUUUAAACAAAAAUUUGUCUAUUUGUAUGCAAAAUAUUGCAAGCGAUGAUCGAUAUGAAUAAAGUGGCAUUGAUUAGACGUUUAGCGAUAAACAUAGUUGUGAAAUAUAUUUACGAACGUGAAAAAAUUUGUAAAAAUUGAAAAACAUUGAAUACUUGUUUAUAUGCCUCUACGGCGCAUUAAAAUUCAUGUUUUAACAAUGUCAAAUGGAAAAUUGGCCGUAUAUUCUUUGAGGUCAGAUUUUUUAGCAGUACCAAUUAUGCUUGGUAUAUACAUACCUAUUCAUUAUAAUAUUUUGCAAUACCAUUGCUAAGACAUUUUGCGUGCGUUAAACUUGGAAGUACUCACAGGCAAUUGAUCUUAUUUCUAUAAUUAUAUUCAGCACUUUAUUCCAAUACUCUUGCGAUACUUAUAUCAUUCCAAUCACUGACUGUCGUAAAUAGAAACACAUGAAAAUCGUAUAUCUUAUUAGGCAACUUGUAUAUGUGUGCGUACAUUUGUUAGAUACAGUUGAAUGUUAUUUUGAAAUUGAAUAAAAAAUGAAGUUCA